AUGUAUCAUUUGGAAAAAUUACUAUUUUUCUUUUUAACAAUUCUAAUUAAUAUUAAUUCAAUUAAUUCUAAAACUUUUAAAGAAAAUGAUUUGUUAACUUUUCAAAAUAAAGGAAAUUAUAAUGUAGAAAGACAAAAAAGGCAAUCCGGUAGAGGUGGAAGAAUUAUUAGACCUCCAGUUCAAAGAAGGCCACCACAACAGAGACCCCAAUUACAAAGAAUACAACAACAAAGAAAUGCUCAACGACAACAAAGAGCACAGGAACUAAGAAGAUUAGAACAACAAAUAAGACAACUUCAACAACAAUUGUAUCAACAAAAACAAAGAAUAUUAGAAAGACAACGUCAAGAACGUGAAAGAAGACGAAAAGAAGCCAUAGAAAGAAUUAGAAAAGAAGAAGAAAGAAAACGACAAGAAGAAGAUAGAAAACGACAAUCAACAACUACUACUACUGUAAAACCUGAAGAAGAAAGUGAUCUUAAUGAAAAUGACGACUCUGAAGAUUAUUACUAUCACGCUCCAAGAGAAGACGAAAUAAUUAGUGAAGAAGUGGAAGAAGAAACGGAUGACAAUGAUCAAGAAAAAAUGGACAAUGAAGAACCUUCAAUGAAUCAAGAAGUACAUUAA